AUGCCUUACCGCGAGAGAUUCGACUUCGGAGCUGCCCCAACAUACGUAUACUGGGACACGGUGGCUUGCCCGGUCCCCGAAGGUCUCGAUGCUGAAACUGUUGUGGAGAACAUUCAUCUAGGGCUUUACAAACGUGGUUACCGUAAUCUGAGUAGAGUCAAGGUUUAUGGUAAUGUACGUGAGAUGGCCGCUGGUGCCUUUGCCACAGCCGGACUCCCCAUGGGUCACGUUCCCCCAGGGAGCUCAUGUCGUAAAGCCAUAUUUGUUGACUUUAUGUACGAGUUAAUUGGCCGAAGGGAUGCAUUAAAUACGCUGCUAAUCAUGGAGGACAUCUCCGAAGACGAAGCGUUCGAGUAUGCUAUUACGUAUAUGCGUAUGGAAAGAAGGUUCAAUUUUCUUGUAGCACGGCCUAACAAGGAAUCAGAAACAAAGAACAUAGUUGGUAAUCCAAAAGCGUGGCUUUGGUCAUUCCUAUCUCUUGGAGGAGACGAAGAAGAAGAGGAAGAGGAAGAGGAAGAAGAAGAAGAAAAAAAGCCUCGUUCUUGA